AUGCCGUUCAGGCAAAUCUUCCAGGACUACACGCUCCUGACGCCUGAACUGCGCCAUUCCAAGCUGAAGACGUACACUUCAAGGUGGAAAGGCUGCGUCAGCCUUGUUAGCUCCUGGUUUGGAAAUGCCAUCGCCGCCUACUACAGCAAGAAUGGAUACCCCACAGAAGUGGAGGAAAAGGCAACAGCGAUGGUCGAUUCUUUAAAAAACACAUUCAUGGACAUAGUGUCAUCGACAUCUUGGUUGGAUGAAGAAUCUAAAAAUGUCACACUAGAAAAGAUUAUGGCUAUGAAAAUGGAAGUUGGAUAUCCGCGAAAUAAGCUUAAUUCUGAUUUUGUGGAAACUUUCUACGCAAAGUUGGAGCUAUCGACUGACAGCUUACUGAAGAACAUGUUGAAAAUGAGUCGUUUCCUAGUCCACAACGAACUACAGAAGCUGCACCGGCCUGUUGAGGAACACCGGCAGAUGGUGGACAACAUCUACAAAGGUCCAUUGCAAGGAAGUGGUAACUACUUUGCGACUAAAAACGCCUUGGUCGUUCCAAUGGGAAUUAUGAGACCCCCAAUGUUGGACGUUGAGAAUCCUGAGUAA